GCUCGCUCGCAAGUUAACUCCGUCCCUCGCUCCGCUUUCUAUAUAUCCCGGCAGCGGCAGCGCAGCUCCCUCCCACUCAUCCUCCUCUGCAUCUGACUCGCAAAGCCGUCGUCCAUCGGCUAGCGCACCGCACAGCGCGCGCGCAACAACACAGCCGGCCGGCCGCCCCAGCUCGCUCUCUCUCCCGGCCGCGAUGGCGCCCUCCUCCUCCACCUCCACCACGGCUGCGGCGGCGGCGGACGAGAGGGACCGCAAGCGCAAGCGCGGGGCCGGCGGCGAGGCGGAGGCGGAGAGGGCGCCCAAGUGGCGGUCGCGGCGGGAGCACGAGAUCUACUCCACCAGGCUGCUCGACGCGCUGCGCCUCGUGCGCGCCGGGGGCGGCGUAGCCCCGUCGCCGGCGCGCCAGGUGCGCGACGCGGCCGACCGCGCGCUCGCCGUCGCCGCCCGCGGCCGCUCCCGCUGGAGCCGCGCCAUCCUCGCCUCCCGCCGCGCACACCGCGUCCACCGCGUGCGCCUCCACGCCCCGGCACCGUCCCCUGCACCUGCCCUGCCACAUCGCGCUUCGCCGGGCGCGUCCUCCUCCGGCUCGACCUCGGCACAGGCACCAGCGCUGGCGAGGAAGGCGAAGGCGCUGGGGCGGCUGGUGCCGGGGUGCAGGAAGCUGCCGUUCCCAGCGCUCCUCUCCGAGGCGUCCGACUACAUCGCCGCGCUGGAGAUGCAGGUGCGCGCCAUGGCCGCGCUCGCGCAGGCCCUCUCCGCCGUCUCCCCGCCGCCGUGAUCCAUCCAUCCAUCCAUCCGGCCGCCCCAACCCCAACACCCCCCGCGAAGUUCCCCGCCUCAGCGACGCGCGUCGGCGCAUGUACAUUUCCCUCCCCGUGCCGUGCCGCUCCAGUGUGUGACGACGAACCGACGCCACGCCACGCCACGCCGGCGAUUGUCAACCCGGCCGGCCGCGUGCAUGCUAGGAAGAAGAAGAAGAAGAAACAGUAGCCGUUCAUUUGUACUUAGAUUCUUGUUAGCGUCUUGGUUUGUGGGUGUGUCCGCUAAGCUAAAUCCGUAAAUGCAUGAGAUUUUUCCGUACCAUC